GACCAUUUAGGUAAAUUAUCCGAAUGUCACCGGUGGAACCUAUCCGUGUGCCAUCUAUCCAUAUUCCAUCUCCACUCGGCACACCAGUGACAAUUCAACCGGGAGUCUUUCCCGCUCAUGCGGAUAUAUGGAUGUCGUUACCAACGCCCGUUGAAGGUGUGCCUCCAGGCUUGGAAUAUUUGACAAUGGUAGAUGAGAUAAUGAUACAUCGAAUCUCGGGAGUGUUGGACUUGUUCACGGGUUUUCAAACAAAAAACAAAUACGCUGUCAGUAAUGCAAAUGGUGUGCAGAUGUAUUAUGUAUUCGAGGAGUCUAAAAAUUGGCAGAGGCUCGUCUGUGGUCCAUACAGAAGCUUUACAAUGCAUUUUGUAGAUGGAUUCGGAGCACUGAACAUCUUAUUCUUCAAGGAAGUCCUACGAAUUCGACGACCGUUCGCAUGCUGUGCGUGCUUCGGCCUCUGCGCUUGUCUACCAGGAUGCGGACCACUUUGUACCAUUGAAUGCCCUCCCGGUCACACUAUCGGAACGGUCGAGCAGCGAAUGGCAUUGUGCUCAAGCUCAUUUAUCGUCAGAGAUCAUGAAGAUGACGUGAUCCUGCGUAUCGAUGGCCAACUCUGUUGCCUAAAUUGCGGGUGUCAGGAAAAAGAAUUUCCUAUAGAAACAUUAGAAGGCGAACGUAUUGGCUGUAUUAAAAGAAAAUCGGGUAAAGUGGGAGAGGAUGCAAAACCGAUGGAAACGUUCCGAUUAACCUUUCCUAUAAAUUUUGACGCGAGACUAAAAGCGAUAUUGAUUGGAGCUGCUUUUCUCAUUGGACUUUUGGAACUCGAAGCAACUUGCACGAAAAGAAACUAAACGGUUUGGAUUGCUCAACAAAUACUGAAACCUCCAUCUUUCGCUUCACAAUCUCGCAAUUUGGUUACGUGAUAAUAUCUAUUGAUCGAUCCACUAUCUAAUCUAUUUAUCUUCUUCCAGACCGAUGACUGUACAUAUGCUUUUUGAAAGAUAUUGUUCUCAUAAUGUUUGGAGUAGAAGCAAUUUAUGACAUUCCAUGAUUGUUCGCUGACGUUCCAAAUAUUGAUUUUUUUUACUAUACCUGUUUUUCGUCAAUGUCAGUAUCAUAGCAUUGCUGGCAUCUGCGGUCAACACUGCCACAUCACAUAAAUUUGGAACUGUACUUUGCUAGUAUU